GAGAAAUUUUUGUGGACUUGGGGGUGGGGGGUUUUCUACAGUUCAGAGACAUAUAAGAACGAUGGAUCCCCUGCUGGGCUGAGUCUUACUUACAGUACCAUCCUGGACGAUGUGGACAAUCUUAAUGCUAGCAGUGAUGGUGGUGUUGGUGGAGAACAGCAUCGCUGAGCCAUAUCCUCGUCAUCACCACCAUCACCACCAUCGUCACCCCUACCUCGCCGUGGGAACUCUCGCCUUCGCUGGGGGGUACAUCGCUGGGCGCCGUCAUCACAACGGAGGCGGAUGUUAUAACUGCGGCUGUGGUGGCUGUGGAGGCUCCUGUGGGUGGUGUGGAGGCAGCUACUACGGACGACGCCGCCGAAGGGACAUUGAAGACUUUGUAUCAGAUCCCCAAAUCAUAGAGACCUACGCCAAGAUCGCGUCGCAGGACAAGGAUCAGUGUGGGCUGCGGCUAGUCUGUGAAUUGGCCCAGAAGGACCCAAGGAACCUGGUUGAGGACGAGAUUCAAAUUCUCCUUCCAUACCGGGGUGCGGGUGAGAGUGACGACACCAUCUAUGGGGACUACGACGAAGCAGCGUGGCACGGCCAGGAGGGACACCCCUGCCCCACCAACUACCCGCUCUGUGCCUUCACUGCCCAGCAGGUUAUGACCGAGUACCGCAAAUAUGCUACAACUUCCAACAAUGCCCCUCACCAAACCUGAAUGGAGUGUGCACGUAAAUAUUCGAUUCAAUCAGUUUACGUAGUCUCCGGCCUUGAGUUUCUGGUUUUGUGUAAAAGAAAAACAUUAUAUGUUGGUAGUAGACUUUCUGAUGUCUAAACCGUAGAUUCGUUGUUUAAUGGACUUCAGAAAUUAUUGAGAGAUAGCCUGGAAACCCUCUUCAAGUACAAAAUGAGAAAGACGCCCAGGUUGUGCGUGUUGGCAAAGAGCGUGAGUGUGGCAUAUUGAUGAAGGCCUUGAGAAAGGAGACUGUGUAGUGACUUCAUUAUAGAAACGUCGAUGAUAUUACUUUAGUAUCAUCAGCAGGGUGCUGUUAACUGUUUGGUUGUUAAGAUUAUUUUCCCUAUAAAUAAUAUCUAACAUGUUA